AUGCAAAUAAAAAUGAAAAUGAAAAUGAACGAAAAGCAAACACUUGCACAUUUUCUGGAAAACAGAAACUUUGCUGCAAGCAAGAGGUACCAAAGAAAGAAAAAAGAAGAAAAGGAAAGCGAGGUGAAGGACAGUCUUAUUAUUGUGGAUGGGGAAGUUGUGAUUAGCAGUGGAUGUCCAAAAGAAAAUGAAGAGCGGAAUGUCAUAGAAGAUCGUAUGACUGCUUUUUCGUACGGAAGGGCUACAAGCAAAAGCAGAUGGUCAAAGGAGGAAACAAUUCUCUUUUACAAGGGGCUUUCUCUGUGCGGCACAGACUUUACUCUCUUAGAGAAGAUAUUCACCGAUAAGAGUAGAAAGCAGAUUAAGAACAAAUUCAGCAUUGAAGAGAAAAAGUUCCCAGAAAAAAUAAGCAGAGCACUCUCUACCCAUAGAGUCUUCAAGAAAGAAGAGCUAGACUCACUACGGAAGGAAUACACUGAGAUAAAAUACAAUACAUAG